GAAAUGGGUCACGUGACGAGGGGGAGGAAUGUUCAGCGGUUAGAUCUUUGAAAAGCGAGCUGCCUCCACUUCAUCUUCUCACGUUGAGGAUCAAAAGCGGCACAUCAGAGCAGCCGAGUCUCGAAAAUGGUUUGGUUCCAUUGUUCUCGGUGGUGCACGGAAUAAGGGAUUCAAUCAAAAAGGUUUUGCCUGAUGACACUUUGGACCUAAAUGAUGACAUCUGCGGAAGUACAUGGAAUAACCAUGAAGCCUCUUGUUGCUCUUGUGCUUCUUUCUAUCAUCAAUUUUGUGUCAGGAGUGGGCGUCCCGCAGGUUGACGCACUGUCCGUGAAUGUUCUGGAUGGCGAGGUGGUCGUUCUUUGGAAGCAACCCCGAAACACCACAUCUGACCUCAAGUACAAUGUGCAAAUGGCAAAGCUUGCUGGUGAAUGGGCCAUGGUGCUUAGCUGCACAAAUAUUACAAAUACCUACUGCCACCUGAGUGGUCUCAUACGUGACUAUGGAGCUGGCUAUAAGGUCCGGAUCCAAACAGUUGACGGAGCCAACAAGUCAGGGUGGACAGUGAAGAAAUUCCUCCCAAAUGGAAGCAAGCUUCAACCUCCUUCCUUCACGUUAUACGCUACCUCCAGCACCAUAACAGUCCGCGUUCAUCAAAAACCUAUCCUCAGAAAGCUCUUUCCUUAUGGGGUUACUUACAUCAUCAAGCUGGAAGAAAAAAACAGAAUUGACAAAGUGGAAGCCAAGGAGCCAAUAAUGGCGUACCUGAUAGAUAAUGAAGAUCAGGGGUCUAAAACUUUCACUUCUCUCCGGUGGGGGGUUGAAUACUGCGUCAGUAUGAUGGUGGAGGGAAACGGCGCUUUGUCCAAGAGCGAUUUAUCCCCAGAACAAUGCCUCCUGCUUCCAGAACAAGAAUGGUUCAUAAUUUCGGUGUCAUCCCUGACGGUUCUGAGCGUGUUGGCUGUGGCGGCCAUUUUGGUUGUCGGUCUAUUUUGUCACCUGAAACGUCCGGCGAAAAUGCCUGCUGCAUUGAAAUCCCCUGUUCGUGGCUGGCAUCCACUCACUCUUGGAGAAGGCCCAAUAGAAGUGGUCACAGACAAAGGUUGGUUCCUGACUGGCAGCAGAACGGAAGUGAGAAACUUUGCAGAAAUUUCUCAGAACAAGGGGACACUUGGCGUUUUGAGAAAACACAACGACAGGGCAAGCGUUGACAGCGGCGUUAGCAUGGAGUGCAACGCCACAGAAAAACAAGACAGAAGUCCACAGAGGAGACAAGAUGAUAGUGGUUGCGGGAGCAUGGGAGAAACGGUGUAUCCCCAUCAGGAUGACCCCAUGCAGACAAGGUGGAAGGAAAGCGGGGUGGGACUCGGAUCCCGAUUGGAAUCCUUGACUGUGAACACAAUGGGUCAGGAAAGCGGAUCCCAGUUUGACAAUUAUCGCAGGCAGAGCCCCGCAUUACAGAGUCACCUUGACGGGAGGCCGAAACAGAUCCUUCCCAGUCCAGUUUUGGCCGAAGUGGUCCUGGACUACCGGGCAGGGCCUCAGUCAUGUAUCUGCUCGGGGGCAGAUCAGUGCUCCUGGUGCCUCAAACGCAUCGUCCACGAGGAUACAACAAUCCGAAAGCAUAAAAUCCUGCUGAGCAAGGAAGACAUUUUAAAUGACACAAGGACACGGACGGAAACGACAUUGGGUUUCCCUUUGUUAACAGCUCUGACGCAAGGGAUAGACCUCAACACGAACACUGUGGCCAUUUCACUUUGCGACUUACUAGAUACCGAUUGAGCCACCUGAGACGUGUUUCAAAAUAUGCUGACGAAAAAUAGCUGCUGCUUUGGGAAUAAUACUCCCUUUCCUUUUUGUGUAUCUAAAUCGUUUGUGGGAGGAAGGGUGUGUGAAGAAAAAAAAAAGUGGUUACAGCAAAAAUAUCCUUAUAGGAAAGAAAUGCAAAAGUAAAUGUGCUAUUGAACCCGAUAUCACAUCUGCUGAAAGGGAAGUACGCUUGAAGUGAAAAUAUUUUUCAGGAACUAUUUUGGUGAUGUGAUUAUAAUGUUUUUUUUUUUUUUUUAAUGUAAAGAUAUUUUGUCGUCACAUGUGACUUUAACUGUCAGAGUGUGUCAGUGUCAUUAUUGUUUGUGUGAAAUAUUUAUUUUUCUUAAAUACAAGCCAUGUGAAUUAAAAUUGCAUUUAUUUAUUGUC